CGCGCAGAACAUAUUCGUUAGUUUGCCCAUAUCCCCGAGUUUUCUUUUUCCCUAGGGCGAGCCACCGCAGUGAACCCUGGGAGCUUUCAAGUUUGUAUCAAACAAUAAAUCCGCUAAAACAUUCACGAUGUCUGCCAACGACUCUGCCGCCUGGCCUCUGGCCGAUGCUGCUCUCACCCAGGAAAUCCUUGACCUGGUCCAAUCGGCUGCCCACUACCGCCAGUUGAAGAAGGGAGCCAACGAGGCGACCAAGACUCUGAGCCGUGGUGUGUCUGAGUUGGUUAUUCUGGCCGCCGACUGCGAGCCCCUUGCCAUUCUUCUUCACAUCCCUCUCUUGGCUGAGGACAAGAACGUUCCCUACGUCUUUGUGCCUUCCAAGAUCGCGCUUGGCCGUGCCUGCGGUGUUUCGCGCGCCGUUAUUGCCGCCAGCAUUACCAGCAACGAGGCCAGUGACCUCCAGGGCCAGAUCCGUACCCUCAGGGACAAGGUCGAGCGCCUGGCUAUCUAAGCCAUUGCAACCAAGAUACCCAUUCGAAGGAAUUAAUCGGCGUCUACGAUGUUAAAGCGGACAUGAUGUUCAUGAUCUUACGUGGACCUAGAUUUACAGUCUAUUGGAAUAUAUGACGAAUUCCUGGCGUUUGUGUUGGGCGAAAUUUUGGAGUUCUGCCAUGUGGUGAUCAUGAUUUCAGGAGCGCCUGCACCCGGAACGGAUGCGAUUCUGGCGGAGGCAGACAAUGCGCCCAACGAUUGUCGCCUGAUUGUAGGUAUCCUUCGCGGGGUUGUCUCGUAAAGAAUCAGGUACUGGGAAUAUGAUUAAUCAACGACAAGAAUUGUCUUGGAGCAUUGUAUCACAACAAAGAUUGUAAUCACAGACAAUGAUUUCUUAUACACAAC